AUGGCCGCAGACCUCACAUUGAAAUCUAACGGAUCAUCCAAACUAAACGACGACGAAUCAGACGAAGAAAAUAGCUUCAGUUACGCCAUGCAGGUGGCCAUGUCCAGUGUUCUGCCGAUGGCGUUGCAAACGACAAUAGAACUCGGCGUUUUCGGGGUCAUGGCGAAAGCUGGAGCAGGCGCCAAGCUCUCUGCAAACGACAUUGCGCAUCAGCUUCCGAUGGUCUGCACCAACCCAGACGCACCUAAAAUGCUGGAUCGGCUUCUCGGCCUCCUCGCGACUCACUCUCUGCUUCGUUGCUCUGAAGAGGAAGAGGAAGAAGAGGGGAUUGGAUUGGGUACGCGCGGCCACAGAGUGAGGCUGUACAGCCUCGCUCCUGCUUCCAAGUUCUUCGUUGCUGAUGAUGAUCAUGCAAUGUCGCUUGGACCUCUUCUGGCUAUGGUUCAGCAUAAGACCUAUUUGGAAAGCUGGUUUCAUUUGAAAGACGCCAUUGUAGACGGAGGGACGGCUUUUGAAAGGGGACAUGGAGGCAGAACAAAGUUCGAGUACAUUGGUUUGAACUCAGAGUUGAAUCAAAUAUUCAACACAGCAUCGGUUCAUCAUACAUGCUUAGUGAUGAAGAAGGUUCUAGAAUGUUACAAAGGGUUUGAGCAGCUGAAUUCUCUCGUGGAUGUUGGAGGUGGCCUUGGACUCACCCUCAGCUUGGUCACUUCCAAAUACCCUCAUCUCAUGGCUAUCAAUUUUGACUUGCCUCAUGUUAUCAAUCAUGCCCCUCCCUAUCCAGGUGUUCAACACGUGGCAGGAGAUAUGUUUGAGGCUAUACCUAAGGGGGAUGCCAUUUUCAUGAAGUGGAUUCUUCAUGACUGGAAUGACAAAAAGUGCUUGAAGCUAUUGAAGAAUUGCCACCAGUCCAUUCCAGAAGAUGGGAAGGUGAUUGCAAUGGAGUCACUCAUAUCUGAUAUGCCUGAGACCUCCGCUUCAGCAAAGUGCAACUUCCAAAUUGAUGUCUUCAUGAUGGCUCAAGGUGCUGCUCAUGGAAGACUUCGAAGCCAUCAAGGCUUCCUCAACCUUGCAAAAGCUGCUGGAUUUAAGGAUGUUCAAUUCAAGUGUUUUGUUCGUAAUUUCUGGGUUAUGGAGUUCUUCAAGUAG